GUUUGUAGUUCAGAUCUAACUCUAAACAAAAAAUCUCUCUUUUUCUUCUCUCUCUGUUUCAAAUUCGUCUUCCAGGUUUUUUUGGGAUGAGGAGGUACAGUCCCCAAUACUAUAGUCCUCCAAGGAGAGGCUAUGGAGGUAGACAAAGGAGUCCUCCAAAGAGGGGAUAUGGCGGUGGCGGUGGCGGUGGUGGAGGGUAUGGUAGAAGGAGGGAGCAGAAUCAUGGAAGUCUUUUGGUCAGAAACAUUCCUUUGGAUUGCAGACCAGAAGAACUUCGAAUUCCUUUUGAGAGAUUUGGGCUUGUUAGAGAUGUGUAUCUUCCUAAAGACUACUACACAGGGGAACCUCGAGGGUUUGCAUUUGUGCAGUUUGUGGAUUCAUAUGAUGCUGCAGAAGCUCAACGGCGCAUGAAUGGGAAGAUAUUUGCUGGGAGAGAGAUAUCUGUUGUUGUUGCUGCAGAGACAAGGAAAAGGCCUGAGGAGAUGCGGCAUAAAGCAAGGCUAAGAGGACCAUCAGGCUAUGGGGGACGAUCAUCUUAUUAUGGACGUUCUCGGUCUCGUUCAAUAUCCCCUAUGCGCUCUCCACAUCAUCCAUCGGGUUCUAGAAGCCGCUAUCGCUCAAGGUCAUACUCCCCUGCUCCAAUACGACGAGGAAACUAUUCUGUUUCACCAGGUAGAAGGCAUGCAGAUCAUCCAAGAUCUCCAAGAGGUCCUCCACAAGAGCGAGAUGGUGAUUACAAUCACAGAUCAUAUUCUCCAGGAUACGAGAAUGCUGAUGGGAAUGGUUAUGGCGAGAAGUCUGCAUAUGAGUCUGAGGAACCACGGGCUGCAUGGAGGCCAUCCCCUGGUAGAGCAUCAAGGUCUCCCUCUGGGUCCAGAUCUAGGUCUGCUGACCUGUACGCAAACGUAGACGGCCGUUAGCCUCUGCUUGGCAUUUAUCACAUGGUGGACUGUGUGCUAGUUUAUAAAAACGAUAAUGUAGUGUAUUGGAUCAUGGAGCUAAUAAUUUGUGGCUUGGUUUCAUCUUUUUAUUACGUCUAAACUCUGUAAUGAAACAACGAUGACAUUCCAGUUUUCUUUUCCUUUAUUAUCAUGUGUUAUUAACACUACUAAAUCUAGGUUUUA